CAUUUUUAUAAUAUUUUUUUCUCUGAAUUUUCAAAAAAUACGGUGAAAUUUGAUUUAAAAAAAGAUAAGUAUGUAUUUCUAUUUAAUAUUCGCUAUUCUAUGCCUAUCUUGUGCGGAUGGAAUAAAUAUUACUAAAAUUGAAGGGAUCCAAAUUGGUAAAUCAUCGGAUACGGGCAGAAGUCAAUGCUCAGGAUAUGAUAAUUAUGCAAGUCAGUGGCAAACAUUUUAUAACGAUAAUCGAGAAUACAUUGGCAACCCUCAAAUUACAACAAGAAGAUCAUGCAACAGGUAUGAUCAAGCGAAUUGCGAUGUCGAUUUGGUCCAUUUAAAUUGUUUUGACCAUCCAGUCAAAGGGUUAUUACAUAUUGUAAAUACCGACCAUUUCCACCAAAAAGUAACCUGGGUUUCCUGUAAAAAGGUUAAUAAGCCAUGUCAAAGAGAUACGCAGGUGGGUAGAGGAAGAUGUACCACUUCGUUUUGCCAAAUUGGUAAUGUGUUAGUAUGUCAGGGUAGUCAUUAUUUCUGGAUCCCAAUGAGCGUGGAAGAUUGUACCUGUCAAUAAAAAAUUUCAGAUAUUAUACUAAUUUUUUCUUCUCUUUAAAUCCAGGCAAUUUUACUGUUACUUUAAGUAUUAAUAUUAAAAGAAAUUAAAUAGAACUAGUUAUUCAUUAUUUGUCAACUUUUAUACAAAUUGAUAAAUAGCCUUUAUAGUGUC